AUGUCCGGCUCCGUCUACUACAGCGCCAACAUGACCGCCUCGGGCGCCUCCAGCCCCCGCACGCCCCUGUCGUCCCCGCCGUCGUCGCCCAAGCCCCAGCUGCAGCGCAUCCGCGAGCUGCAGUUCUCCCGGUCCGGCCCCGUCACCGAGACCUGGCCCCAGCAGCAGCAGCAGCAGCGCCAGCCCCCGGCACUCGGCCGCUCGCGGUCGGCGUCCAACGAGAACUUCUUCCUGCCCACGCGCUCCAGCCGCAUGCGGGAGUCCCUGGACUCUCAGUACUAG